AUGAAUGGGGCUCCAUCCGCCGCCUGCAGACUCGCCGGCGACACAGCUGCUGCCACGGCCGGCGAUCCGCCGCUCACCCCGCCCAGGUGCGCCGCCCUCCUCCAGACGUGGGCCCGCACGAGAGCUCUCGCCAAGGGGGAGCUCCUCCACGCCCGCCUCAUCACCUCCGGGCUCCUCUCGUCCCCGCCCUUUGGCGGGCGGCGGCGGCGCCUGCUGCUGCCCAAGCUUGCCUCCAUGUACGCCCUCUGCGGAGAGGUCCUCCCCGCGAGGCGCCUCUUCGACGACAUCCUCCCCGAGCGGAGGACCCCCUUCCUCUUCAACACGCUCAUCAGGGCCUACCUCCGAGAGCGGCUCCCUCUCGACGCCCUCCACCUGUUGCGGCGAAUGACGCCCGCCGGUUGCCGCCCGGACAAGUUCACCUUCACGUUCUCCCUCAAAGCCUGCGCCGACCUCUCGCGGCGGCGGGAAGGCGACCAACUCCACUGCGCCGCCCUGGUCGCGGGGCUCGCCUCCGAUGGAUACGUUCAGAACUCGCUCAUCGCCAUGUGCAUGAGCUGCGGCGAGGCAGAAGAGGCGGAGAAGGUGUUCGAGGGGAUGCGUGAACGGACCGUCGUCUCCUGGAACACCAUGAUCGGGGGGCUCCUGCAGAACGGGCGCGCGGCGGGGGCGGCGGCUCUCUACGACCUGAUGGCAACCGCCGGCGUGGACCCCGACUGCGCCACGCUGGUGUCGGUGCUGCCGGCGUGCGCCGUCCUCCGGGACCUGGAGAGGGGGCGGCGAGUUCACCUUCAGGCGAGCCAGAAGGGCUUCCUGGACCACGCCGCCGUGAAGAACUCUCUGAUCGACAUGUACGCCAAGAGUGGCAGCUUGGCGGAGGCGCGCCGGGUCUUCGACGAGGGGCCGUGCCCAAAAGACGUCGUCUCCUGGACGGCCAUGAUCGGCGGCUACGCCCUCCACGAGCGUCCCCGAGAAGCCCUCGCCCUCUCCCGCGAUAUGCUGCUCUCCGGCACCAGACCCAACGCAGUCACCAUGGUCUCCCUGCUCUCCGCCUGCACCCGCCCCUACUUCCUCCGCCAUGGGAAGAUCUUCCACGGCUCGUGCCUCAGGCUGGCCCUCGCGGCCGAGCUCGCCGUCGAGACGGCGCUCAUAGACAUGUACGGCAAAUGCGGCGGCGCCCGCCUCAGCUCCUUAGCGUUCUCCACUGGGUCGAGACGAACGGCGACGUGGAACGCCAUGAUUUCGAGCUUUUCUCAGAACAACCUCCCGCGGGAGGCGGUGGAGCUGUUCAGGCUGAUGAUACGCUCGGAGGCUUCGCGGGCUGAUUCGGCGACCAUCGUCAGCCUCCUCCCGGCGUACUCCCUUCUGGCGGAUCUCCGGCAGGCUGGGAACAUCCACGGCCACGUGGUCAGGGCGGGGUUCGACCGGCGCUGCGAGGUCGCCACCGGGCUGAUCGACCUCUACGCGAAGGCCGGCAACCUUGAGGUGGCGCAUGAGCUCUUCGACAGCAUCACCGCGAAGGACACCGUCGCCUGGAGCGCGAUCAUCGCCGGGUACGGCAUGCACGGGCAGGCGAGGGCCGCUGCGGCGCUGUUCGAGAGGAUGUUGGAAGCCGGAGCGGAGCCCAACGAGGUGACCUUCACCUCCCUGCUCUAUUCCUGCAGCCACGCCGGGCUGGUCAACGAGGGGCUCUCCCUGUUCCGCCGCGCGCUCUGUGGCGUCGCCGGUGGUGUGAGGCCGCGGGCGGAGCACUACGCCGGCGCCGUGGACCUUCUGGGCCGCGCGGGGCGGCUGCAGGAGGCGCGCGAGCUCAUCGCGGCGAUGCCCUGUCGGGCCAACCACGCCGUAUGGGGCGCCCUGCUGGGCGCCUGCGUGAUCCACGGGGACGUCCUCCUGGCGGAGGAGGCCGCGGGGCACCUGUUCGAGCUGGAGCCGGAGAACACGGGCAACUACGUCCUGCUGGGGAACAUCUACUCUGCGGCGGGGAGAUGGGAAGAUGCGGAGAAGGUGCGGAGGGCGGUGAGAGAGAGGGGGUUGAAGAAACUUGCCGGGUGCAGCUUGGUCGAGACGGCACGUGAAUCCAAAGAGACAAAUCUGGCGAUGUAA